AUAGAUGUUUAACCAUGUGACGGUAUGGUUACUACUACUCACACUCCUACCCCCCUCAACACCCUCUGAUCUCUCGCCCUACUCCUCCUCCUCUCACGGUUCACCCAGAUCUCUCAGAUUUGUGAAGCAGUGCCAUGACAACAAGACUCUUACUGAGACGUUUGAGGUAGCAGAACAGAGCACUCAAGGUGCUCCCUUAAAAGUCAAGACAUUCGAGGAUGACAUUCCCAACUCCUACCCUCACCGGUUCGCUUACGGUCACGUGGCUGUUGUUUCCAAUCCACGUGACACACUCUCUUUCUACGAACCUGAUAUUAUUGGAUCCUGUACCUCGAACCCCACCACCCAAAAUUUCCUAACAGAGUCAGCUAAACAAUACAACUGUAUAUACGCUAGUAACGGGGGAUUCUUUAACACGACCACUGGUAACUGCCUGGGGAACAUGUACAGUGAUGGUCGUCUCGUCAUCAAUGGUAAAGGACUAAUGAACCCCAACCUUGGUAUUCUACGUAACGGUACCAUAGUUGUAGGGUACCUGACACAAGAUCACAUUCUCAACCUGGAGUGGGUUAACUUGGUACAGG